AUGCUGAGCUCUAAAGUCCCGCGACUUGACCGAUUAGACCGACAGGAAGGGACAAGGACAAGCCAAGAUGAUAACGCUAAGUAUAAAGACUUAGUUGCAUGGAGAUGCAGAGUCAUGCCUAUAGUACCUGUGUUGCCGUCUAUCCAUAGGCAAAUCUUUAACAGCAUCCUCUGCAUCGUCACCUUCUUCAUCAUCUUCCGCUAUUUCAGAAGACUCAUCACAUUUGCUCCCAUUACCUUUGAAAGUAUAUGGCAAAUAUCCUUGGCGGAGGUCAAUCGCUGGAAAAAUGUAAAAAGAGUCGAACAAUUAGAACAAAAGCUUUCGCUACAAGAUGGAGAGAAGGGGGUUCAGACAAAAGAGGAUGUGGCUGCGAGAUGUGUGGCUUCGGUAGUGGGAUAUCGAGAGGAGGCCAAUUUGUGGAGGAGAUGUUUGCAGAGUUAUCAUAAUUCCCCUGGCUUGGAAAUCAUGCUUAUUGGAAUCGAUGGGGAUCAUGAUGUGGAUAUGGAGAUGGUUUCUGUGGCUCAACAAGUGUUCCCAGAUCUCAUAAAAAUCCACAUCGAAGAACCGUAUGGCCCCCUGGCCGUCCGCAUCGCCCAAAACUAUAUUACCCGCGAACUUUACGACGAAAAGUCCUCCUCCUCAAAAUGGGCAUCUGCAUCCACCGAUCCUCCAGAUAUCCCCUCCGCUCUCCUGUCCGAAGCUCACGCAUAUGCCUUCCGCACGGUGUUUGAAAAAGCGCUCACCACCCUUCGCGAACACAAUGCUCUAUCUCCGCCUCUCGAUUCCAAAUCUAAAUCUCUUCGCACAAUAUGUCUGUAUCAACCUCACAAAUGCAAGAAAGAUAUCAUGUUCACCAAUAUGGUCUUCGCAUUGGCGUUAGGUCAAGCAAAUGAUAUUGAAUACUUAUGGACCAGCGAUUCCGAUACCAUUGUUUAUCCAGAUACGUUGUAUCAAACUGUGGGAUGUAUGUCCGCGGAUCCUUUGAUCGGAGGGAGCUGUUCUGCGCUGAGCAUUCAUAAUGAUCAUGAGAGUGCUAUUGCUGCUUUGGGAAGUGCGGCUUAUUGGUCUGAAUUAGCUAUUACACGUGGACAAACCGGCGCCGUAGAUGCAGUAGACUGUCAACCAGGACCCUGUGCCGCUUUCCGUCUUAUAGCCCUUGAGCCCAUUCUCCUAUCUUGGUACACACAAACCUCCUUCGGUGUCAAGACCGUCGUUAACGAAGACCGUCACCUAACCACCAACCUCCUCCUCCAAAACUGGAAAGUAACCUUCAACACCUCCGCUAUCGCCUCCACUGAUACUCCCACCACGCUUCUCCGCUGGCUCCUCCAACAAAUGCGCUGGGCCCGCGCCACCCAUAUCGAAUGUUUCCAAUACCCGCAAAUAUACUCCAUCCACGGCGUGAUUCUUUUCGUAACCGCUAUGCGCCGUUUCUAUGGACCCUUAAUUAUCGGCGUCUUCACUAUCCGUUACGUGUUUACCGGAUACACCGUCCACGCAUUCCAAUCUUGGGAUUUCCUCCUCCGCGUAGCAUUAUGCACGUGUUAUAAUUUCUGGCGCAACAAGACGCAUGUGGCCAGUAUCAAAUAUCUAGUUCUCAGUCAGCUAUUCUACCAAUUACCUUUACCGGGAAUAAUGUUCUGGUCGGUCAUUACAUUUUUGGAGGGGGGUUGGGGAACUAGCAUGCGGAGCGUGAAUGAACAGAAGAAAUCGAGAUUUGCAGGAUGGGAUAAUUUGUGGAGUACAACUGCAGUGGUCAUCUGGAUGGGAUUUGUAGGGGCGGCGGUGGCUAGAUGGGUUACUUCGUAUGUUGCGCCGGCGUUUAUGAUCGAGGCAAUGAUUUUCGCCGGAGCGACAUCGGUGGGGAGUUUGUACUGGACUUUGCUUGGGUAG